AUGCCUCCGAGACUGACACCUGUGUCUUCACGACUCUUCGUCUGCCCGUCGUGCCAGCUUCGUUGCCGCGGCCUCGAGCCACCUCGUUUCCGCACCUUCACCUCUUCUCCUCAGCGUCAUGCCACUUUGAACAAGAGCAAAUGGGUCCGCCUCACGAACCGUAGCAUAAUCCGCCUGGCAGGUCCUGACGCGGCCCUGUUCUUACACAAUCUCAUCCCUGCAAAGAUUCUAGACAUCGGAGGCAGCACCAAUCCGAUAUACACGGCCUUUCUCUCCGCGCAGGGACGCAUCCUGAACGAUGUCUUCAUUUACCCGCCAUCCGCGGAAAGUAAUGGGGAAGAAUGGUUCAUUGAGGUCGACGAGGCCAGCGCGGGAGAUCUGCUGAAGCACUUGAAGAAACACAAAUUGCGGGCCAAGUUGCAGUUGGAGAAGGUGGACGCGGAGCGUAUAGGCGCCUACUACUCGUGGCCGGCGCCAGAGGGAGAACACACGGCAGGCAAUGGGGUGGGCGGACGGGAUCCAAGGCCGGGAAUGGGAAUGCGGUGGCUGGAGGGCGACGCGGCCUCGAGGUCUCCAUCCCCAUCCCUAUCCCUGGAGCAGUUACAGGACUCGGGAUGCGAGCCGGCCACGCUGGAGGAGUACACUGUCCACCGUGUGCGGAACGGCAUUGCGGAAGGCCAGUCCGAGAUCAUCGCCGGGCACGCCCUGCCGCAGGAAAGCAAUCUCGAUUUGUUUGGCGGGAUCGAUUUCGUCAAAGGAUGCUACUUGGGCCAGGAAUUGACUAUCCGCACGCACCACACGGGAGUGGUCAGGAAGCGCAUAUUGCCGUGCCAGUUGUAUAACAAGGACGGUCCGCCGCCGCCGGAACAGCAGGAAGUGCCUGAGUAUAGGCCCGAAUCAGGUAUUCUUCUUCCGCCGCCAGGGUCAAAUAUCUCAAAACUGAGAGCAAAGGGACGGGGUCGGAGCAGUGGGAAGUGGCUUGGCGGAGUCGGGAACAUAGGCCUUGCGCUGUGUCGCUUGGAGAUGAUGACGGAUAUUCAGUUGACAGCCGAUUGCACAAAUUACGACCCCUCCGAGCAGUAUAAAGUGCAGUGGCAAGAGGGAGAAGAAACGGGCGAGCAGGAGGAAGUAAUGCUCAAACCGUUUGUGCCGAAGUGGCUGAGAGAGGGCGUGGAGGCGAGCUUGAGGAGGAAAGAGCGGAGGAAACCCAAGCGCGAGGAAGAAGAGGAAGAGGAAGAGGUUGAUUGA